UUUACGUUCUCCGUUCUCUGGUAUUGUUUAUCAACUGCCUACUCAUAAAGAAAAAUCUGAAGUCAAUUCCCUGGGAUUGCGUGGUACUAAUUUUCUUUAACACAGUCUUAGAAAAACAAUACAACUGUUGAAUUCUUUGUUAAAAUCUUGGCACAAAGUACUUGUUUACACAAAUAAAGAAAUGAAACUUUAUUCGAUACUAUUUUUAUUAACCGUAUUCUCACUGGCAAGCUUUGCCGAUGACGUGAAACCCACAGUAAGAAUUGGCAUUAAAAAGAGGGCGGAAAACUGUGAAAUCAAGGCGCGUAAGGGUGACACUAUACAUGUGCAUUACCGAGGUACCCUGAAAGAUGGUACUGAGUUCGAUAGUAGUUAUGGCCGAAAUAAAGCAUUCUCAGUACGACUCGGUGCUGGCCAGGUAAUUAAAGGAUGGGAACAAGGACUAUUGGGUAUGUGUGAAGGUGAGAAACGUCGUUUGGUCAUACCGCCUGAGCUUGGAUACGGCAAAUCGGGAGCUGGAGACAAAAUACCUCCCGAUGCAACUUUAGUAUUCGAGGUGGAAUGUGAAAAGAUUGAUCGCCAAAAAACGGAUUUAUAGAUCACAAAUUUUUGAAUUUAAAUCACUUAGAAAUUUAUUAGAAUCGAAAAGACACAUUUCUUACCCCACUAUAAAUUGAACGCAGAAUAUCAGUUCAUAAAAACUUAAAACUAUGUACAUUUUUGUAUUUAAUAAAUGAGAAGAAGUUAAUCA